AUGAUAUAAUAGAAUAACAAGUUCGGCAGUCUAGAAGAAUUUUUAAACUCUUCACUUUAAUCUCAUUAGGUACUCCUUAUUACUAUGAUUAGCAAUGGAAUUAGUGAUGAAGACGCAUUAAGAUUAGGUUCUGGUUUAGAAAAGUGCACUAAUCUCUCAAAUUUGACCCUUAAUCUAAAUCGCAAUUUAAUUGGUGAUAAGGGUGUAUCAGGUUUAAGUUCUUCUUUAGCAAACUGUGCUAAUCUCUCAAAUAUGACACUUCAUUUUUAUGACAAUAAAAUUGAUGCAAUAGGUGCAACAAAUUUAGGCUCUAAUUUAGGAAUGUGCACAAAUCUCUCAAAUUUGACACUUUCACUCCUUGAUAAUAAAAUUGGUGCAGUUGGUGCAUCAGGCUUAAUUUCUGGUUUAGCAAACUGUGCUAAUCUCUCAAAUUUGACACUUGAUAUUCGUGGCAAUAAAAUUGGUGAUGAGGGUGCAUCAGCUUUAGGUUCAAUUUUAGGAAAAUACACUAAUCUCUCAAAUUUGACACUUGAAAUUGGUAAGAACUUAAUUGGUGACGAAGGUGCAUCAGGCUUAGGCUUUGGUUUAGGAAAAUGCACUAAUCUCUAAAAUUUGACACUCGAUCUUGGUAAGAAUUAAAUUGGUGACGAAGGAGCAUCAGGCAUAGGUUCUGGUUUAGGAAAAUGCACUAAUCUCUCAAAAUUGACACUUAAUCUUAACUAAAAUUAUAUUGGUGAUGAAGGUCUAUCAGGCUUAGGUUAUGGUUUAAGAAAGUGCAGAAAUGUCUCAAAUUUGGCACUUGAUCUUUACCGCAAUGAAAUUGGUGAUAAAGGUGUAUCAAGCUUAGGAUCUGCCAUAGUAAACUGCACUGAUGUCUAAAGCUUAUAACUUACCCUUAGUAACAAUAAAAUUCAUGAUGAAGGUGCAUCAAUCUUAAGUUUUAGUUUAAAAAAGUGCACUAAACUCACAAAGUUGCAACUUUAUCUAUAUUUCAACCUAAUCUAAUAACCUUUAUAAGUGAAAGCAAAGUGCCUUAAGUCAAAACGAUUAGUUUUCUCUAUUAUAGAAUUAUGA